AUGUUAUCCCAUGGCAAAAUUGAAAUAGGUACAAUUCUCAAAUCCUGGCUUGGUCGCAUUGCAUCAGACCAUCCCGCCGUUCGGCUGCAAGAAAUGGGAGAUAAACUGGUCAGCGCCGGAAUCUACGUAUUUCUCACAGUCCAGGCACAAUUGCUACCUUCGCCGGCGAAGAGUCAUUAUACCUUUAAUUUGCGGGAUCUUUCCAAGGUCUUUCAGGGAAUGCUAAUGCUUGAGGUGGAUGCCUUGACUGGAAGUUUAGAGCAGUUGCUGCGUCUCUGGUACCAUGAGUCAUGCCGUGUUUUUCAAGAUCGGUUGGUUAAUGAAGAUGAUCGCAUCUGGUUUGAAAACCUGAUGUUUGACAGAUUUCAGACAACAUUUGGUAUGAAAAGCGAGGAAAUCAUCAUCCAAAGGCCAGUGCUCUAUGGCGACUUCUUGCUGAGUGCAGCAGCUGACAAUAGAAAAUAUAUAGAAUUCAUAGAUAAUAGUCAGGCAAGCUAUGCAAUUCACUUGUAUAUUAAAUUGCAUAUUACAGUCCACACGGUGAUAGAGGAGAACUUGUCUGACUAUAAUCAGAUAAAUAUGGCGAAAAUGAAUCUAGUGCUAUUCAUGGACGCUAUUCAGCACAUUUGUCGUAUUUCUCGCAUCCUUCGCCAGCCACAAGGCAAUGCUCUCCUCUUGGGAAUGGGUGGCAGUGGCCGACAGAGUCUCACUCGUCUUGCGGCUCACAUGUAG